AACGGUUUCCGCGAAGCAUCGACAGCUUUAGCAAACAACAGUGACAAGAUUAAAUUGAAGAUUUGGCCCGGCAGUCACCUAGUAGAGUUGAACUCGUGUGGAGCACAGCACGGAAGGAAGGAGAAAAAUUUGAUUUCGGUGAAUAACGUUUUCGUUGCCAGGACUUUCGCUUCAACGGGUAUCUAAAAUGGAAGCAAACGGAAUUCAUUUCGACUCUGGUUCCACGGAACUGAACCAAAGGAUAUCCGAAUGGUUGAACUGGGAUAAGAACGAGAACACUCUGAACGAAAUCAAAUCGCUUGUGAAGAGUGAGGAAUGGAAAGUCCUUACCGGAAGAUUGCUGAAGCGGCUUGCAUUCGGGACGGCUGGCCUCCGUGGUGUAAUGCAAGCAGGCUUUAAUGCAAUGAACCAUCUGGUGGUGAUUCAGACGGCUCAAGGGCUGUGCAAGUAUAUCCUCGAGUGCUAUCCUUCGCAAUCAGAUCGGCAGCGUGGUGUUGUACUGGCAUACGAUGGGCGGCACAACAGCAAGAGAUUCGCCGAACUCAGUGCGUGCAUUUUUCUCAACGAAGGGAUUCCGGUGUGGCUGUACAGUCAGACCAUGGCAACGCCAUUCGUUCCAUUUGCUGUGAAAGAGCUACAAUGCCUCGCCGGUAUAAUGGUUACGGCGUCACAUAAUCCGAAAGAGGACAAUGGCUACAAGGUGUACUGGACAAACAGUGCGCAGAUUAUCUCUCCUCAUGAUAAGAAUAUCCAGGCUCACAUCCUGAAAAAUUUGGUUCCGUUGGAAAGUUCUUGGAAUUUAGAUCUGCUAAAAACGGAACAAUUGAAAGAUCCGUAUGAUGCCAUGACGAAGCUGUAUUUCGAAAAACUUUCCGCCAAUGUCCCGAAAGCAUUCGUCACUGACUACAACCGAAAGAGCUCUCAACGGUUCGUCUACUCUGCCAUGCAUGGCGUUGGGUAUCCCUUUGUUGAACGUGGCUUCGAAACUGUAGGACUACAACCGGUGCUGGCGGUCAAAGAACAACGCGAUCCGGAUCCGGAGUUCCCUACUGUGAAGUUCCCCAACCCGGAGGAAGGCAAAUCUAGUCUGGUUCUGUCGAUAAAGUUGGCAAACGAAAUGGGUUGCGAUGUGAUUCUGGCGAAUGAUCCCGAUGCCGAUCGGUUGGCAUGUGCCGAAAAGAAUCCCAGCUCCGGAGAAUGGCGUGUAUUUUCUGGUAACGAACUGGGAGCAUUGCUUGGAUGGUGGUCGAUCCGCUGUUACCGAGAACUGUAUCCAGAUUGCAGUCUUCAGGAUUGCUACCUGCUAGCAAGUACGGUUAGCUCGAAAAUAUGCAGGUCGAUUGCCAAAGUUGACGGACUGAAUUUCGAGGAAACUCUAACGGGUUUCAAAUGGAUGGGCAAUAAAUCCGUGGAAUUUAUGGCAGAGGGUAAGAAGGUUCUAUUCGCCUUCGAGGAAGCUAUCGGAUUCAUGUGCUCUCCGACGGUGCUCGACAAAGACGGAGUUAGUGCGGCAUGUCAGUUGGCAACGAUGGUGUGUUAUCUGAAAGACACCUCCAACCAAUCACUUUCGGACAAGCUAAACGAGCUGUAUGAUAUCUAUGGAUAUCACUACGCACUCACGUCGUAUCACUUCUGUUACGAUCCGGUAGUAAUAGAUCGCAUCUUCAACCGUAUUCGAACCUUGGAAGGAGAAGACUGUGGCUAUCCCAAGGCGAUUGGUGGUGGACAGUACAAGAUAGAAUCGAUUCGCGACUUGACCACCGGGUAUGAUUCUGCUCAAGAGGAUGGAAAAGCCUUACUACCAUCCAGUAAGAGUUCACAGAUGAUUACAUUCUCGUUCGAAAACGGAGCCGUCAUUACGCUGCGUACGAGCGGAACCGAACCGAAGAUCAAGUACUACGCUGAAAUGUGCGCUAAACCGGGACAAAGGGAUUGGAAUGCAUCGAGGACGACCCUUCGCGAGAUGGUUGAUAGCAUCGUGGAGGAACUACUCGAACCGGCCAAGAAUAAUCUAACUCCCAGAUCGGAAUAAGGACUUCGGAUCUUGCUGCAUUUGAACGAAAAAAACAGCUUUAAGUUGUUACUGUUGAGUGCAAAUAUUUGUAUUUCUUCUGUUUUGUUUUCGCUUCGCGUUUACCGUUUAAUAGGUAUAUGUUGUUAAGAGACUAGUUGGAACGUACUUUUUCCAUUAAGUAUUUUGUGCUAUACCUUGUAACAAAUGUACAGUUUGGAAACGCUAGACGAGACCGGACUUAUAAUCACUAUCGCUACUUUGGAGCACACCGAUAACGCUAUUCGAUUUUACCUCAUUAUGAAGCAGUAUCAUAUACAUUCAAUUGAUCUACAAUUUGUUUAUCUCUAAUAGACCGUUGAUAUUUUUACAUCUUUGCAUUUAGUCUUCUAUUAGUUUUCCUUGUUUAGUAUCUAUCAGUUCUCUAAUUUGUUUCCUGUUAUGGGAGUAAAAUUGGCUACAUUUAAAUAUGCGGGAUAUAAAUUAGAGUUCAGGGUUGCUUGCACUCACUUACUAUAAAAAAAAAAUGUUUUUCGGAAUUAUAAAAUCAUUAGAUGUUAUUAUGAUAUUUUGUACUUGUAAGUUCAAAGAAGAGGUUGUUAAGUAUGUGUUUGACACAUGAAACCUGAAAAUUUUGCUUUCAGAGUGUCACUACUAGCGAUUUUAUGAUUCGUGACUCAGAGUGAGCGGUCGCGAGUCGUAAAAUCGCUGAUUGUGACUAUCUGAAAGCAAAUUUGACAGGUUUUAUGUGUCAAACACUUGCCUUUCAACCUCUUCUUGUAUCUUAUCGAAAUAUAAUUUGAACAUCUAAUGAUUUCGAAGUUCCUACGUCAUUUUUUUAUAGCAAGUGAGUGGAAGAAGCCUGUUAGAGUUGUUUUAUUUUUAUUUUUACCAUGUGUAUGAAGAAACAGAAUCUGGAUCAUCAAUAGAAAAGGGUCCAUCAGCAUUCGUAAACAAACCGUUCCAAAGCUCUUUACUCACAAAGCGAAGGCCACCCACGCAAACCAACACCAGCAUCGGAUAGGGGAAACUUCCACCUACACGAUGAUGGUGUUGGUUUAUGUGGGAGGCCUUCAAUUUGUGAGGAAUAGGCUUUGGAACGGUUUGUUUACAAAUACUGAUGGGCCCUUUUCUAUUGUUGAUCCAGUGAUGGUAGUUUAUCCACAGAAAGAUUCUUCUUUCACGAUUCAUAGUUGUUAAAUUGCCAUUAAUAGUCCUAUUUAAAUUUUGUCGAAUGAGAGGCAGUCGAAUAGAUGAACAGUUUUGUGUGCGAACUAAAAACAGGUUUUAUUUGAGCGAUGUAUAGAGAAAUUCCAUACUUAAUACUUGUUGACAGAUUGUAGAGUUUGUAGUUUAACAGAAGGGCCAACCCACUCAACUAUUCAACGUCGAUGAGCCCGAAUACGAUAGGUACGUUUUAGAAAGUUAUGUUUUAUUAGGCCACCGUAGCGCUGCAGUCGCAGCGGUGAUGAGGCUAAAAUCGUGUGUCAAACUGAAUACAUUUUUGAGAUUGUGACCAAAAAACAAUUAAAUAUUUUGUAUUUAGUGAGUUUCUGAGUAGGGGAACUAGGGGCAUUAUGGACACCCUAAAAAAUUUGCCAAGUUUGACUUGAUAGGCAUCAACAUAUCGCUAUGUGUUAUUUACUAAACACUUUUGUCACUAAUUAGGCAACAGUUACACAUUCGAUUAAAUUUUAAAAAAUAGCUCUUUUCUUUUUAAAAAAAAAAAAAAAUUGUUACAUUACAUUGACAUCGUAAAGCUAGCGGGCCAAAAUGGACACCCCUACGGUACAAUAUGGACACCUUAACGUCUACCCCAACAGGACAAUAUAUUUUAUAGUUAGUUUUUGAUUAUUUUAAUGAACCUACCGAAAAUUAAUCAAAUAUAUAGGGAAAAUGGAUGCAAUGGCGGCCUAAAUGCCCCUAAUAAAUAAUUUCAGCAAUCGACUAAAUUUUCAAUAGCGACCAAAAAUAUACAUUAGUACCGUCCCAAUGAUGCGUUCAUCUAGAAACAAUAGCAACAAUCUUAGAUCCAUAGGCCAACAUUAGAGCCAUUCUCCUAUGUGGGAACAACAUAAAGCAAUUGAAUAUUCAACAACAAACGAUAGUUGCAGUCUAGUUACCGUCAUCUACUCGCUACACCUUAUCUGGUGAUACGUACGAAUUGUAAUUUUUUACCACACAGCAAAAAUACGGUGAUUACGAACAUAUUAAAAUAAGUUCACUCGUUAAAAUACUCAUUCAGAAGAGGAAUGAAAUAUAUGUUGCAUGUAAAUUGAAAAAAUGUUGAUAUUUUAGAAAAUAUAGAGGGUGUCCAAUCUUCCCCGGGGUUUCAUAAUGUCCCUAGUUCCCCUUAGUCUAAAUAAAAUACGAGCAAAAAGUAGUAGGCUCUUAAUAAUGGUAUGGAACGAUGGCUGAAUAUUAAAGUGCUUUGUUUCGAAAAUAUCUUCCAAAUAAACAAGCAUCAACUAAAUUAACCAACUCGUCUACCGACUAAACCUGGUAUUAUUUUCCAGUAUUUUUAGACACUGUAUCAAUCAACAAAUGUAAUCAGAUUUAGUCAGCCGAUUUUGUAUGUUGAUUAGCUCAAUAUGUUUUCAUCAAUUUAUUAGUCUUGAAAUAACUUUUUAAUAAAGAACAAUGUAUAGAUAUGUACAAACGCUUACUCUACCUAUGAUCAACCGAUCAUGGCAUAGGUGCAAAAUCAUCAAUACAGCUGGUAGCAGAACGGACGCGGUUCUCUUGACUCAUCAAGAUAACACGACGGACGCAGUUCUCCUGAGUCAACAAGACGCCAGGCCGGACGCAGUUCUCCCGAGCCAGCAUACUUACGACGACGACGACGCAGAACGAAUGGGAACGGACAUGGACUCCUGACGCAGCAGCUAAUCGACCAUCGAUCGGCAGGCACCAUUCAUUUUACUAAAUUAAUCAGCCAGUUCAGCUUAGGAAGACAAAGUGAAACUUUGUAUUUUGAAUUGAGUGUAAUCAAUUAAAAACUUAGUGAAACAGUGAUGAAAAGUGUUUUGUUUAAAACACUGGAAUGGAAAGAAACCCAUAAUUGGCGCAAUCGUACGGAGCACUCUACGAUGCAGUGACUAUUGACUAGUUUAGAAAAAGCUCUAGUGAAGUGAAACGCCCAGCCCGUGGCAAAUUCUCAACCCCAGUGAAAAUCGAAAACUAGUGUCGAAGCAGCGACAACGGACGUGCCGGUAAAUUAAGACUAAGUACAGUGUUGCAGUUCCGAAGACCAGUGACUUUAUUUCCAGCAGCUAGUGUAAACCAAGUGACACGAACGGAAUCUUAAGGAGCCAUCCCUCAACCCGUAGGUGACUCGUCGGUGGGCUUCAACCCUUUAAGAGUUAUGAACCGUAAGUAAUUUCAAUUAAUUUAUCCCUUUCAUGAGCAAAUUUAACCCGUUUCCGGAAGUGAAAGCACGGAAAUUUAUUGCAAAAUUGAAUCCUCAGGAAAAUAAUGUUGUCGACCUUCAAGCGUUGUACAACAACAUGCUUUCUUUAGAGCAAAGAUUAAACACUCUACAAGUUGAAGAUAACAACUUACGUGUACAGAAUACGCAACACAAUCAGAAUGCUGCACAGCAGGAUUCCGGUGACUUUUUCAGGAUACCAGAUCCGAUAAAGUUCUCACCUACUUUCGACAGCAUGAGUUCAAACUGUAAGAAGAACCCUUGACCUGUUUAGAAAUCGUGUUUCACAAGAAACACUGUCGAUGU